AUGUCCAGUGAAGAAACAAAAAACUCUGCCACGGAUGAUGCUGGUAUCGAUUCAGGCUCCGAUAUCCGUUCUUUCAAUCAAAACCAUGUGUAUGGGGCCGACGAUGCAUCAGACGAAAUAGCAACAAUCUCCAGAAUUGCCUCCCAUGUAGACCAGAAUGACCCAAACAAUGUUCUUCACCGUCUUGAAACCCUUUCCAAACAAUUGUCUAACGUCACCACCAGAAAUACUUUCACUAUCGAUCCUAGCGAUUUCGAUCUUGCCCAAUUGCUUAAAGGCUAUUUGAAAAACGCCGGAAAGGGUAAUGUCAAACUUAGAUCAACUGGAGUGGUGUUGAAGGAUGCUGCCAUCAUCGCCGUUGACCAGUCUGCGACUCUUGCUCCAACUUAUGGGUCAACUGUUAACAUCCCUGGCAAUAUCAUUGCAGGUAUCCGUUCUAGAGGCGAAAAACCAAUUAGAAGAAUCAUCAACAAAGCAAAUGCCGUUGUCAAGGCAGGUGAAAUGUGUCUUGUUCUCGGUAGACCGGGUGCUGGGUGUUCUUCUUUGCUUAAAACCAUUGCUGGGGAAGGCCUUGACCAAUACCAAGGUACUGAAGGUUCUAUUAGUUUCGAUGGAGUUCCUCAAGAGGAAAUGUUGAAACACUACAAGAACGAUAUCAUUUAUAAUCCAGAAUUGGAUGUUCAUUUUCCUCAUUUGACCGUCCAGCAAACUUUGAAAUUUGCUGUUGGCUGUAAAGUGCCAAAGGUCAGAGUAAAUGCAGUAACUGAUAAUGCUAGCGUUAAGCAAUAUGUCGAUUUCAAGACCGAUAUGUUGGCUACCAUCUUUGGUUUGAGACACACUUAUAACACCAAAGUUGGGAACGACUUUGUCCGUGGGGUUUCUGGAGGUGAAAGAAAAAGAGUUUCUAUCGCUGAAGCUUUAGCUGCCGAUGCCAAAGUUUACUGUUGGGAUAAUGCUACCAGAGGUUUGGAUGCUUCUACCGCCUUGGAAUAUGCUUCGGCUAUAAGAGUUCUCACCAAUCUUUUAGAUGCUACUAACUUUGUCACAAUUUAUCAGGCCUCCGAAAAUAUUUAUGAAAAAUUCGAUAAAGUCUUAGUUCUUUAUGAAGGUAGACAAGUUUAUUUUGGUCCAGUUCAUGAAGCUAAGCAAUAUUUCGAAGAUAUGGGCUACGCCUGUCCAAAGCGUCAAGCUACCCCGGAAUUUUUGACAGCAAUUACAGAUCCAAAAGGCAGAUCCGCUAAACCUGGGUAUGAAAACAAAGUUCCAAGAACCGCCAUGGAGUUUGAACAGUACUGGCACAAUUCUCCAGAGUUCAAGAAAUUGAGUGAAGAAAUUGACCAAUAUGAACAGCAAGCCAACGCUGAUCAAACCAAACAACUUUUCAUGGAGUCUUCCAAACUUGAAAAGAAAAAGGCCAAGUCAACCUAUACCGUUAGUUAUGCCCAGCAAUUGAAACUCAAUUUCGUUAGAUCUUAUCAAGUCGCCGUUGGUGAUUUCUCUUACUUGGCUACACAAAUCACCGCUGAUAUAAUUCAGGCAUUGAUUACUGGUUCUCUUUAUUACAAUAUUCCACACUCUACUGCUGGGGCUUUCUCAAGAGGUGGUAUCUUGUUCUUCAGUAUCUUGUAUUAUUCUUUGGCUGGUCUUGCUUCCGUUUCUAAUAGUUUCGGUAAGCGCCCGAUUCUCCUUAAGCAAAAAGGCUACUCAUUCUGUCAUCCAUCAACCGAAUUCUUUUCCUCCUUUGUGGUUGACGCCAUGUUCAAAAUCCUUGGUGUCAUUCCUUUUGUCAUUAUCAACUUCUUCUUGGCCAAGCUUAAACAAACCGCAGGUAACUUCUUUGUCAUCUUCUUGUUUGUGAUUUUGGCUUCUUUUACAAUGAAUGCUUUCUUCCAAAUGAUUGCCUUAGUUUCUCCAGGGCUUCCAGUGGCUAAUUCAAUUUCUGGGCUUAUUGUUCUCGCCUCUGUUGCUUAUUCCUGUUUCAUGAUUCAACUCCCAUCUAUGCACCCUUGGUUUAAAUGGAUCAAUUGGUUGAAUCCUGUCCGUUACGGUUUCGAAUCGAUGAUGGUCAAUGAAUUUCAUCAUGUCAAUAUGACCUGUUCUGCAGUUGUCCCAUCCGGUCCAGGUUAUGAAGGUGCUUCUGUUGCUAACCAAGUCUGUGCUUUUGCCGGCUCUACCCCUGGUUCUGUGUAUGUCAAUGGUGAUAACUACUUGAAGCUCGGGUUUGAUUAUGCUUUCGACCACUUGUGGCGUAACUUUGGUAUCUUGCUUGGGUUUUUGGUAUUUUUCCUUUCUGUUUCUGCAAUCGCUUCUGAGUACAUGAAAACCGAUGUCGCUGGUUAUGAUGUUUUGAUUUUCAAAAAAACUAAGGAAACUCUCAAGAUUAUGGCUGGGAAACGUCAAGCUAUGGCAGAUGAUGAAAAACCUGAAUUACAAGAUGCCUCCUUGUCUAUGGAUGUCGAAAAGCAAGCUGAAGCUACAAGCAAGGUGUUUGACAGUUUAGGUUCCAAGGAUCUCUUUUUGUGGCAACAUGUGGAUUAUGAUGUUACUUUGAAAACCGGUGAAGUUAGAAGAUUAUUGAAUGAUGUUCAAGGUUAUGUUAAGCCAGGUACUCUUACUGCUUUGAUGGGUGAAUCUGGUGCUGGUAAGACCACUUUAUUGAACACUUUAUCCCAAAGAGUUGAUAUGGGGGUUAUCACCGGUGAUAUGUUGGUUAAUGGUAAACCAUUGGGUUCUUCAUUCAAAAGAAAAACUGGUUAUGUGCAGCAACAGGAUGUUCACUUUUCGGAAUUGACUGUCAGAGAGUCACUCAGAUUUGCUGCCAAUCUUAGAAGAAGUAGAAGUAUUCCAAAAGCUGAAAAAUAUGAGUAUGUUGAGCAAAUCAUCAGUAUUUUGAACAUGAACUCUUAUGCUGAUGCUGUCGUUGGUGAACCGGGUUUUGGUUUGAAUGUUGAGCAAAGAAAGAAAUUAUCAAUUGGUGUUGAAUUAGUUGCCAAGCCAUCUUUACUUCUCUUCUUGGAUGAACCAACCUCUGGUUUGGACUCCCAAUCUUCUUGGUCUAUUGUUAAGUUGAUGCGUGACUUGGCCAACGCUGGGCAAGCUAUUUUGUGUACCAUUCAUCAACCUUCCGCCGUUUUGUUUGAAGAGUUUGAUAGAUUGUUAUUGUUGAAAAAGGGAGGUCAUACUGUUUAUUUUGGUGAAAUCGGUGACCACUCCAGAACAAUGUUGGACUACUUUGAAAGAUCUGGAGCCAGAAAGUGUCAAGAUGAUGAAAAUCCUGCUGAGUACAUUCUUGAAGCUAUUGGUGCCGGUGCUACUGCCUCUGUGAAGGAAGACUGGGGAGAUAUCUGGCGCUCUUCUCCAGAGUUUUCGUCCACCACCUCAGAAAUUGCUGAGUUGAUUAAAACAUCUAGUGCCAACCAUACCGAAGAAGAUCCAGAAAUGAAGAAGACUUUCAUUACUCCUUACCAUUAUCAACUUAGAUUGGUGGUUGGCAGAGUUGCUACCCAGUUCUGGAGAGAUCCUACCUACCUUAUGGCGAAAAUGAUGUUGAUGAUGUUUGCCGGUUUAUUCAUUGGGUUCACUUAUUGGGACGCCGGUCAUUCUGUUAUUGGAAUGCAAAAUCUCAUGUUUUCCGUGUUUAUGUCUAUUGUUAUUUCCGCCCCGUUGAUCCAUCAAAUCCAAGCUCGUGCUUUGCAGUCUAGAGAAGUUUAUGAAGUCAGAGAAUCUAAGUCAAACACCUAUCACUGGUCCACCUUGUUGUUGGCACAAUACAUUAAUGAAUUGCCAUACCACUUGAUUUUCUCGACGAUUUUCUUCGUUGCCUUCUAUUUCCCAAUCCACAGAAAUUAUGAUUCGUACACUGUUGGUACCUACUACUUGUUCUACACCAUUAUGUUCCAGUUGUAUUAUGUCUCUUUUGGUUUAUGGAUCGUUUACAUGUCUCCAAAUUUGCCAGCGGCCGCUGUUUUGGUUUCUUUGUUCCUUUCGUUCAUGAUUGCCUUCUGUGGUGUUGUUCAACCACCUACUUUGAUGCCGGGUUUCUGGACGUUCAUGUGGAAGGUUUCUCCAUACACGUACUUUAUCCAAUCUUUCAUGAUCUUAUCACUUCAUAAAUUGAAGAUCAAGUGUAAAAAAUCGGAAUUUUCAAUUGUGGAGCCUCCAAGUGGUCAAACCUGUGCCACUUAUCUUGAUCCUUUUGCUGAGGCCGCCGGUGGUUAUAUCAAUAAUCCUUCAGCAACUUCAAACUGUGAAUAUUGUGCAUACAAAGUAGGUGACCAAUAUUUAAGUCAUAUUGAGGUCAAGAGUUCUUACUUGUGGAGAAACUUUGGUUUCUUAUGGGUUUAUGUUGGGUUCAAUCUUGUUGCCAUGGUUUCCUCUUAUUGGUUCUUCCGUGUCAGAAAAGGAUCACUCAUUAACAUAAAAUCGAUAUUCUCAAAAUUCCAAAAGAAGUCUAAAUGA